AUGAGAAAUCAUAGCUCUGUGGUUGAAUUCAUCCUUCUGGGUCUCUCCAGUCAUCCCAUGACACAGAUUGUGCUGUUUGUUGUAUUUGCAUCAUUUUACAUCAUGUCAUUAAUAGGUAAUAUCGUUAUCAUUUUUAUCAGCAAGAUGGAUUCUCAGCUUCAUACCCCAAUGUAUUUCUUCUUGAGUAACUUAUCCUUUUUAGACAUCUGGCACACAUCAACAAUUGUUCCCAACAUGCUGGUUAACUUCUUGUCUGUGAAGAAAAGCAUUUCCUUUGCGGGGUGUAUAACACAAAUGUGUAUCCAUCUCUCCUUGGGGGGUACAGAGUGUUAUCUACUUAUGGUCAUGGCUUAUGACCGGUAUGCAGCAAUAUGUUGCCCGUUACACUACACCAGAAUAAUGCAUCCCACUCUCUGCAUUAAGAUGGCGACUGGAUCAUGGUUUGGAGGUCUUAUGAACUCAUUAAUACACACACUGUUUGCAUUAAGAUUGCCUUUCUGUGGUCCUAAUGUAAUCAACCAUUUUUUCUGUGAGGUGCCUGUUCUUCUAGAACUAGCUUGCAUGGAUGCUUCCCUUAACAAGACUGUUAUUUUCUUUUGCGCUAUUUUGGUGGUUAUGAUUCCAUUUUUCCUAAUCCUUAUGACAUAUGUAUAUAUUAUUACAAGCAUUUUAAAGAUAAGUUCUUCUGUUGGAAAGAAGGCUUUCUCUACCUGUGCUUCCCAUGUCACUGUGGUUACUUUGUUUUAUGGGACCAUCAUAUUUAUGUACAUGAGACCUGGAGCAAGUCAUGUCCAUAAGCAGGAUAAAAUGGCUGCUUUGUUCUAUAGUGUUGUGGCCCCAAUGCUGAAUCCUCUUAUCUAUACCCUAAGAAACAAAGAUGUGAAAGAGGCUCUAAAAAGAAUGCUAUGGAGAGUUGGUCGUUUGGUUAAGGAAGGAGGCCUUGCAGAAGUAAAAAGAGAUGGUGCAGAUCUUGGUGGUAGAGUAGAGUUUCUUGAAGAAAAAGCUGAAUCACAAGCCUCAGACAUCGACCUACUCACUAGGAAAAUCAAUGCACAAGAAUCUCACAUCACCUUCUUACAAACUAAACUUGAAGAUCUCGACAAUAGGGGCAGAAGACAGAACAGGGGUAUCCCUGAAAACAUUACUCAUGAUAACCUACAUCCAGGGGAUUUUCAAAACCCUGUUGAACGACCCUUAACUACCAGAACUUCAAUCAGAUAG